CAUUCCACUUUCCUAUACAACAAUAUGAAUAUCUUAGUUAGAAUAUCACAAUAAUUUCACGGUUUUGUAAAUAGUUAACAUUUUAAGGACAAAACCUAAUCGAAACUAAUGCAAAGUUACCAUAGCAACCAUGGCGGAGACGAGAGAGGACACUAAAACCGACGCGGAACUUGUCGAGGAUUUAAAACGCUGUAAUGCAUUGUUACAAGCAGAGAUCGAUUUGUUUGAACGCUAUAUUAGUAACGUUAGGAUGGAUCUACGGGCUGAAUCAGACAUCGCAUCACAGAUGGGAACGAAUGGAGGAAAGAAGACCAGAGUUCAGACUCCAGAGAGACAACAACUGCUCACACUCGAGCAGAAAUGUGCGGUCGCCCAGAAUGUGCACAAACAAUUGAAUGAAGAUCUGAUGAGAUUACAAAGCAAUUCGGAGAGAGUCCUUGACAAUUACAAGGCAACUCUUGAAGAAGCCGAUGUUCACUUGGCAGAGGUUAAAAAAGAAUGUUGCCAGUUUGAUCGUGACAUUGGUAAAGCACUGCGGGACAAGCCGAGUAUGAUGAGGGUUGAGAAGGUUAUCAGAUACAUCGAGGACCGAAUAAAAGCCAAGGACAACCUGAUGGAGAAGUUGGAUCGGCAGAAUGCAGCGCUCCUUGCACACAGGAGAAAACUGCACCUCCAACUAAAAAUACAGGAGAAGAUGGGUAAGGGCCUGACGGCUUUGGACUUUGAACUGCUCAAGAUUGAGAACAUCAGAACUCGGAAGCAACUGGAUGAACAAAACCACAAGCAUAUGGAUCUUAAACUUCUCGCAGGCAAGACGUUGCAGACUAUGAACUCUAUCAAGGAAAACCUUCAGACCUUGACGCAAGAGUCAGAUGUGCUAAGCGGUGACAUUGCUUCACGCAUCAAGUUAAUGGUUAAAAUCGAGGAGGACACCAAGCAAGCAGAAGAGGAGCGAAGCAAAGCAGAGGCUCUGAACAGGAAGUUAAGGGGCCAGUUGGCUGACUUUCAAGUACCACAUUUUCUGAAGUAUAUUGAAGUAAAAGACUCCCACAGUCAGUUGGAGAAGAAUGUAAGAGCAUGGGAACGCAAGGUGGAGAUCGCAGAGAUGGCAUUAAAAACACACACUAAAGCGUGGGACAAGCUUCGAAUGUCGGCAGGAGCCGUGCCAGUGCGUGCAUGAGGAACAACCAUAAUGUCAGAAUUGUGUUUAUUUUAAUGCUAAAUUUCAUCAUGAAACACCAG